AUCGGCCGCUUGGCGUGUGUCCGUCCGGCCGAAGCCCGGGAUCUUCGAUGGCGGGGGCUGCAGACAGCGCUGGUUGCAGCGCCCCCGGGGCCGCUCCUGCUGACAUCCGGAUGGCGCGGACGCCCCGCGAGGAAGACUUUUCAACGUCCCUGAGGGAGAGGAUUGCUCUGCGGUCGACCUCUGUUGAUCCACGCAGGAGCCUCGCACGCGUCGGGGGCGAUGCGUCGCCGUCGCGGGGCGCGGAGGGGUGGGAGAUGGGGAGUGGGAGGAAGCGGCGGGGCGCGGAGGCGGCCGGCGACGAGGACUUCAUCCUGUUCCUAGAGGCGUUCCUGGCGGACGACGGCGGGCAGUGGCUGCACCGGCGGGGCGGGGCGGGCGCCUGGAGGGAGGGCGACUUCCGAGGCGGCGAUUCGGCUCACAAAUCGGGGAUGCCGAAGUCAGCCGGAGUCGGCGGCAGGUUCCUCGGCCAUCGCAAGCGCCAGAGACCGCUCGGAGACGUCAGCAACCUCCUGGCCGCGUCGCAGCCCGGCAGGGCGUCCGACUGGAGCCGCUGGCCGGCCGCCGCGAUGCUGGACGACGGCCGCACGCCAAGCCCUAGCGUUGUCCCCGGACGACACAAUACGACAAACCCACCAACUUGCCCGGAUGCAGGGGAAGGAGAGAGACGCGUGGGGGGAGCCCCAGACGCCCGGGGCUGCGUCCGGACGAUCAGUCACAGGCAUCGGCGGGGCUGCGAUUCCGAUCGCGGAUGGGAGCCGGACGGGUGGGACGUCCGCCGGAUGGGCGCAUUGCCGCCCGGCGAAGCGGCGAUCGACGCCCUGUCGUCGAGGAUGUCUCGCCUGAUGUCGGACUCGGGCGCCCUGUCGACAAGCUCCGGACGGUUCGGCUCCCAGGCGAGCCCUUCCGCGCGCCCGGAAUUGAGGGCGGGCAUCUGCCUGGCUCUGAGCGCCAACGAUGGCGCGGUUGAGAUGGAGUGUGACGUGUGCAAUGUACUGGAGGCAGCAAGCAAGGCAGGAAGCCCAUGUGGGAAUGGGUGGUCUCAGGAGGGUAAGGUGUAG